AUGACUGAAGAGUUAGAUGAUUUAUUCUCACAAUUACAAAAAGCUAAUGAUGAAUUAAAAGUCUCAACAACUGUAAAUGAAGAAAAAACUAGUAAUGAUUUCAGUUCGAAUGAUGAUUUGUUAGAAUUAGAAGAUGAGAAUCUUACUAAGGAUGGGCGUAAUAGAGAAGAAAUCUUUCAAGAAAUAGAGAACAACUUAAAAGAACUUCCAAAAUUCCAAACAACUUUUGAUUCGAUAGGUGAUAUGAGAAAAGAUAAAAAAGAAUUGAUUAAAAAAUUAUUAAUCAAUCCCUCGGAACAAAAAAGACAAAAGAGAGAAAAAUCUAGUGAGGAUUGGUUCAUUAUACCCAAAUUGAGCGAUGCUAAAAGAAAGUCUAUUGAAAGAGAUUUACUUUUAAUAAAACAUAGAGCAGCAUUAGAUCCAAAACGUCAUUAUAAGAAACAGAAGUGGGUUGCUCCAGAUAGAAUAUCUGUUGGUACUAUUAUAGAAGAUAAAACUGAAUAUUUCAGUAGUAGAUUAAAGAAUAAAGAAAGAAAGAAUACAAUGUUAGAGACUCUAAUGGCUGAUGGUGAUAGAAACAAAUAUUUCAAAAAGAAAUAUAAUGAAAUUCAAGAGAAGAAAACGAGCGGUAGAAAAGGUCAUUAUAAGCAGGUCAAAUCUAGGAGACAAGGUGGGAGGUAG